CGGUUACAGAUGCGAUUCCCAACCCCCUGAGCCACAGUCGCCCCUAUAAGCCAUAGUCAUCAAAAGGAAACAGUAAAUAUUUUGCAAUGUUUCACUUGUAACGAGUAUAUAAUACCUCAAAGUUUUGACCAUGUUGUAUUAGAUAAUGGAGAAUAAAAAUAACAUUUUCACUUUAUUUUUAUUUCUUCAGCUGCACGAGUACAUAAUCAGUGGCUUGAGUCUCAAAAGAGGAGCUGUUCACCAUCCUUUCAGCAGUAGACUGUACUGUGUUUUUAAAAUGUUUUUCCAUUUGUGCUGUCAUCCGUGUUCUAAAAGUAGACUUCUUUAUUGUAGGAUGUCCUCUUUUGAAAACAAAAUUAUCUAAAAAGCCUCUAUAUUUGGUAUCUGUUGUUGCCAGGCAACAAAAUGCAGUCCCAGCUGAAUUUUUUUUUUUAGACCCUGAAGAUUUUAAGCUAUUUAACCAAAUACUUAAAGGACUGACAUGGAGUUAAAGUGGAUGUGUAGUGGGAAAGGAAAAAAGAAGGGCUAGACAGAAGAAGAUGACUAGCUGAGUGACAGGGUGACGGGCUGGCCGGCUUCCUGGUUUCUCGCAGACUGUUGUCAAACUCAGUCGAUCUUGGAGAAUCCCAGUGCUGCCAUCUGGGUUUAACGGGAGCUUCAUCCUGGCACUGCCUACUGGUACAGAUGGCAUAAGGAUACUAUGUCACUGUUACAGUAGACUUGAGUACAAUAGAAUAGAGCAGAGCUGCAAAGUCACAGGUCGGUUUAAGUCUUCACGGGGAGCCACAAGAUUUACUGUACCUAUAUCUAAUUUUUUCCAGGGGCCAACAUAAUUACUCUAAUUGUACUACUCUAAUGGUACUUGUUAUCAUGUUGUCAUGACCUCCCACACAAGCAGUCCAGACCUACAAUAUAAUUUAUUUCACACAGUGUUUAAACUGAUCGAAAACACAUCCUGACUGUCGCUGCUGUUUUGGAAAGAAACUCUUAGCAUUCGGAUGAUUGGGAAGAAGUAUACUGAAAUGCUAUUAAAACAGUCUAACACCCAAUGUCUAAUCUUAUUUAUUUUACAGCAUUAAAAUGGGUCUAAUCUGUUGUAUUUGUUUAUCGAAUCCUAUUUUAUUCAUGGAUUUGACUUCCUGUAGAGCAGAUCUGCAGGUAUGAGUGCUCUUCUGCAGUAACACACAUAACGCACUCACACAGUUGCACACCUAAAGCUGCCUACUGCCAAUGCACUGUGUCAUGCUGGCCUCUGAGCAGCCUCACUAUGCCGUUAUGGGCAGUAGAAAUAAGGCAGGGACAGCUGCUGUCACCCUCCUUAGGCUAAUUUGUCCUGAUGUUCCUGCCACAGUCCUGCUUCUCAGAUCUCAAACCAGUGCCUCUCUGUGUGGAAUGAUUUGCAGAAAUGUAAAGUGUUGAUUUAAUCGAGGAUUUUGGAAAAUGACGAUGCUCAUCUUUCCUAAUCCGCAUGAAACGUGCAGCUGAGGUGUAAAACCGCAGGCAACAGAUUACACUUCAGAGUGAAACUCUGAGCUGAGACACAGGCGUACGUACAGGAAGUUUAGCUAUUACUUCACUGCCAACCUGUUUGUACUUGUGUUGCCAAGACUGAAGAAAGUGGGCAUUUCUGUAAAGUGGAUUUAAGCUCUGCUGAGUGAAAUUGAAAUAAACAAAUAGUAUUGAAUUGGCUCGUGCUGCCUGUGAAUGAACUGAUUAGACUUAGAAGCCUCAAAACAGCAGCCCACUCAGAUGACUACUGAAUGUAAGCAGCAGUUUGCACCACACUGAGCUCUGGGUAAGGCUGCUCACUUAGCAUCCAUCAUGUCCUCCACAAUGCCAGCAGGGUCCCCGGCUGCUUCCACCACUGCAUCACAUGUGUGGCUCGUCUUUGAUGUUUGUGUGUCUUGUGUCAUGCCACUAUAGGCCAGUCAGUGUGGAGAUAGGCAUCAUUACCAACAGUUGUGCUGUGAAAUUAAAUAAUGAGCAAGCGAGAAUAGGUUAAGAUUCAAUGACAACGUGGCACCGUUGCCUUUCAGAUUCACAUUUUACUUUGGAUGCUAAAAUGAUGGUCAGGAGGAGGAGGGACACAUUUAUCACAGAGGCCAAAGAUUAGUGUGUGUUUAGCAGGGUGGGUUCAGAUACUGAUAUUGCUGGUGACUUGUCAUACGUAAUUUAAAGAAAAAGAGACGUUUGUUUGGAAUGCAAAUAGUUACAGUAUAAAGCACAAUGGAUAAGUCAUUUAUAAAUAUAAGGACUGAUGGAUUACUACUGUCUGUUCGUAUUAACUUCAAUAAAGGGCUUUCUUGGUUUAUCAUUCUCUAAUAUGCCAUCAAAUCCAGUUAUAAAUACUACAAGUUGGUGAUUAGUGGAUUUUAGUCCAGGCUUAUUUGCAGGACCCUUAUAAUUAAGUUAAUAAUUGUUAAUAAGAAUCUUUUAACAACGUGGCAACUCAUAAUUGGUUGUAGCUUGUAGCGGAACUAUAGAGUUAAAAGAUAAUUUCUUAAUAGUUAAUAAGACAUUAUUACAUCAUAUCAUCCGUUAAAAGACAUUGCCUUAUAAGAGCGUGGCGUUUGUUUAAAAUAAACCUUUUCAUUGAAUAUUAUCUCUAAUCGAAACCGGGCUAUUUUUGCGCACCAAAAUAGAAAAAAAAACCUCAUAGGAAAAGAUGGAGGCAGCAUGGCAACAGUCUCAGAGACAAGCUCGACUUCACGUGCACGCGCACCUGCACAAUGAGAUAAAAGACGACUUCUCCUCUUUGCUCUCACAAACUCUCACCCGUGCGCGAUUACCGCACACAGGCGCGCACAUCCACGCGUCCUCGUUCCAUCUUCAUCCAUCUUUCCUCCCCCUCCUCUCUCUUUCUCUCUCUCUCUCUACGAGGGACGUAUGGGAGGGGAUGCUCGUGCUGAAUGUGUUUUUUCCUGCAGCGUGCUUUACGGUACCGGAGAAGAAGAAGGAGAAGCACGCCGUUCCCCUCCGUUGGUCACGGAAUCUGUGUUGUGACAUUGCGCGCCUGCUUCUUAUUUUCUAAAUGGACCGAAGGGGAUGUGACUGAAAGCAGUGUGUAGUCUGCGCGCGUGUAACCGAGUUGGAUUUAAACCUGACCCUGAGAUGAAUCACACUGCCCCGGUUGAUGCGCUCAUCUCCUCCGUCUUCUGGCUUCGGGGGCACUAAAGAUGCGGCUGAUAGCGCGGGUACCUGUCCUGGUUUCACACCGGUUCGGUUUGUCCCGGUAGACUGAUCCGUCCGGUGCUGCGGUUUCCAAAGGGGCGAGCUGAGUGAUUUUUUUCUUUCUUAACCGGAUCCGUCACCAGCAGCCUGCCAGAUGGAUAACUACUCUACUUUACAACGUAAGGCGACAGUGACAGACACAUACCUGCUGCCGUAGCCCAUUUCAUGUUAAGUCUGUGCUAAUGAUGGAGUUCCCUUAAUGAAUAACCACAUUAAUCUGGGGUUAGCAAAGACUGCAGCUGAAGUCUGAUUUUACUGGAUAAAAAACAGAAAAAAAUAACUUAAAUAAAUAUUAAAAUAUCCUGUAAAUGUCCACAGGAGGGACAUUUGAUGGUUUUCCCUCAUGUUUUGUCACGACCAUACAUUUUUCUUGGGCUGACAUCACGUGACAACUUGAAUGGCAUUUUUCAGAAUUUGGUGAGCUUUGCUACUGAGCAUCUGAACAGUGGCACUGUACACCGUAUUUAAUAAUUUGGCGCUUAAAUGUACGCACAAAUUAAGCCCCUUCAUCCUUUCAUAGACACCCCCCACCCAGGGCCUUUGAAGCUCCGAGAUGAGCUAAUGAAACAACCAUGACUGCAGGAUCAGGGAGAGGUGGGGUGUGUGGGGGGAUAAUAUAUGAUGCAGUGUCACAUACCCUCUUGUCUUGACAUGUAGCCCCCAGCCCUGUUGCCAUUAUAACGUCAUGCUUUCAUAUAAUGCACCACAUUCACACCUGUUAAAUCCACCACCUUGAGGUAUGCUGUGCUUAUUAGACUAUCUGCACCAUUAUUUAGCUGUAUCGGUUUGUCAUGCUUGUUGUGAGCCUGUAAUGAUAAAGGCUUAUUAACCAUCUGCCUAAAUGGUUUAUGGCUGCAGUUAUGCACCUGUAGAAGGUUAUGGCUUUUUAUUAACUGGAUCAUAAUUUUUACAGAUACAAGCUCUAAUUUGUUGUCCAUGUCUCUUCUGUGUGUGUAUGUAUGUGACUUACAGGGCUGUAAACCAACAAAAAGAGCCUUUUUUCCUUUUUAAAAUCAAAGAGAAUAUUUAAUUCCAAUCUCAACUGCAACAUAUUUUAAAGCUUCUCUGUCUUUGUUGCUCCUAAGACGGUUCUAUUUAUACACUCUUUUUCGACAGGGCUUUGAAGUCGCUGCUCAUUUUGGUGUCAUUUUGCAAAAAAACACUAUUAUGUGUUCAGCACUGGUUUCUUUCUUUGGGCACACUGAUCACAACAGCUUACAUGCUGCAUGUGUAAUUCUCCAGACAUGGAGAGUGAUCUGCCACAUCUUCAGGAUACAUGAGAUAUAGAAUACCAUGUAGAUUUUUUAGGGACUAUAAAGGGAUUUUUGAGAGGUUGUCAGGUAGAAAUGUGUACCAGUAAUGGAAUCUAAUCAAGUACCUUAUAGCCAUGGAUUGUAUUUAACGCCUGUAUGUUGAAGAUUACUUUUCAAACCAAACGUUCACUGAGACUUUCGAACACAAACCACUGGACUGAUCAAUAAUUUUCAAGGGAACAAUUCACAGGACUCAGUUACUGACAGAUGGUUGUAAAACUGAUAUUUUUUUCAAAUAAUAAUAAAAAACUGACCUUGCAAACACUUCAUGAAGUAGUUCACAGCAGUUGAUCUGUUAUAAUAAAACUCACACAUUGAUGAAUCUCUGGUGUGGUUACAUGUAUAACCCCUUCUUGCAUUUGCACAUUGCUGCUCACACAUUUCCUAAAUUAUCUCAUGAAUAGAUAACAGAACACUUGCAGUAGUUUUCACUGUUUCCCUCUUUGUGGAAUUUGUUUUCUCCUUUGAAUGAUGAUCUGCCAGUUGUUAGCAACAGCUGGAUUAGUCCAGUAUUUAGCAGCUGCCACAGCUUAGUCGAUAUUGUUUCACCUUGUGAGUCUGUAUCUGUAGCGCACAAAAAUAUGGUCCUGGCUACAUCUACCAUAGCAGGAACUACCAUUUUGAGUACUUCUGCAGGUGUUUAUGUGCCUAUCUGUUGACAGGGUUUUUCAAGAAUUGGUGUCAUAACCCUACAAGAUGCCGUCGUGAUAGUUUACAAGUAAGCAGCAGUCAUGAAAAUCAAGUUCAAAGAUGGUUGCAGUUUGACCCAUGGGUAAUGAUUAUUUUAAGAAUGCACAGUGUGAUACCAGUGCAAGAUGGUCAAUAGUCAGCAACUUAAUAAGUGGAUCUUUUGAUUAUUGCUUGGUUUCUAUAGAGUAAUAUUUUCAAUUAAAAUGGCCAAACAUUAUCCAAUUCCACCUUCUCAGUGUGAGAAUUUGCUGUUUUUCAUCAUCUUAUUGAAACAGCUUUUUGGUUUUUAGACUAUUGCUUGGGCAAAUCUGUGUUUUUAUGCCUGUCUGUUAUAGCUGAGCAAAUGAAUAAUCUGUCAGUUGUCGAAAUAAAUAGCCAUCUCAUUUAUACUGAAAACCCUAAUUAUUUAUUAAUAUACUUUAUGGUUGGUACUUAAUCCCUUGUCUUUGGCAUUUGGUGGUUCCCGUUUAUGAGAAAUACUAAAGACAGAAGAAGGUUUUUACAUACGAGCACUUAGUGAUGGUGAAAUAAAUAAUAUUCAGGUAACUGCAAUUUUGUCAUCAUCAGUUUUCCGUAUUACUUACAUUUAAACCCAUCUAUAGAUGUACUCAUUUUGUCAGUCUAAAUUAAGCAUGCCUAGUACCGAGGCUUCAGAUCUAAGAAAUGAUAAAUGCAUUAACAUUUCCUCUUCAAAGAGAAAACUUGCAUACAGAUAAAGAAGGAUGAGUGGCUCAGUGUUCUACUGCUGCUCCACUUUAGCUCUGACAGGACACUGCUGUUUCUUGCUGCUGCUGCUGCUCCUGAUGCUGCUGGUUGCCUAGUGACUGUAUCCAUGGAACCGGCUCCCAUCGUCAUGGUGAUGGGCCAAGGGAGAGAGACCCAGUGAGGGAAGGGGGACAGAGAUACCAGUACAUCUGCAGUGUGUGCUACAAUGAUGAGGAUGAAUUGUAAUAUCAUGAAGGAUGAUGAUGAUGAAGACUGUAAUGCUCUGAUUGCGAUAUUCUGGUGUUUUCAGAUGUAGCGAUACCACUGAAAAGCAUGGAGAGGCUAGUUUGAAACAGAGAAAAUGGUCAUGUGGUUGCCAAAAUAUGAAAAAUAUGUCAAGGCAGUGGUUAAAUGUAAAAGCCGUACUGCUAUCCAUGGAUGGCUGGAUCGAUGGGUCGAUGGUCUGUAAUAGCAUUGCAAUAAUUAUCAGAGCUUAAUUAGCAAGAUUAACCUCGAACUAUGUUCAUAAUAUAUUUAUUAAGGUAAUUUCAUAAACAGCUAGCUGGCUGAGCACACACUAGCAAACAUGCUGAGCACACAUGUUUGCUAGUAUUGUUGAAAGGAAAUUUUUGUUGUAUAUUUUUACUUUGUUCCAUUAAAUGAUUUACAGGUGUCUAAAGCAAUACUGUUUGAUAUAGAUCUAACAGUAUCAUUGUAAUAUAAUUUACAUUGGGUGGUGAAGGAUAUUUGCCAAGCUAGCCAUUGAGAUGAGAUAUAAUUUUUCUAGUGCUAAGAUUAGCAAGCAAGAUACAUUCAUCUAUCUAGCUGUAACUUAACUACACAGCACAAAUCCACUGUUAUCCACUUAAGACUUUAUUUUGCUUUGUAAGGUAGUUUGCAGUUCAUCUGUGUUAGCAGUGAUGCUAGCAUUAGCUAAUAUUAGCUAGAAGAUAAAACGUCUUCUAAAAACAAAGCAAUACCGCCAUGUAUCUAAUGCCCUGCUUAUGUCAGCCGUAGCUUUACCUGAUAGCCAACUUCCUGAAGCUCAGACAGGCUUUGUUAGAUAAAACUGGCUACCCUUCUGAGUUAUGUUUGGGCUAAUGGAGCCCAAUUGAUUUAUUGGCAGGUCGAUACCAUCUGACGAACUAUUUGCUGAUCUAUGUGUAUGAAGUAAUAACGGUCAAAAAGUGAAAAAAGAGCACUCUAGAACUUCCCUGUUGGCAACAUGUAUUUGGAAUGCCACAAACAGGACAACCAGCUGAUCCGAACAGUCGGACCAAGUGUAAACAAGUAAAUAAAGAACUCCAUAUAACAAAUGUCAGGUAAAUGCCUAUGGUUCGUGUGUCCAAAACAAAACAUAUACUUAAAUACCAUAGUUUUAAAUCACCAAAUAUCAGACUGUAAAAUCCUAAAUCGGUCAGGCUCUAGCAGAUAAUUUGCUUGAUACCUAUAGGCAGUAUACAAGAUACAUUCUGGGUCGGAAAAGUGAAGUCAGCUUAGACGAGGCUUACACCAGCGCUCGUUUUAAAGGCUACCGGUGACUGACAGCUGUGAUUGCAAAAAGCCUUUGGGUCCUAUAGAAGUGUGUGGCAAGUCAGCCCUUGCAUCUGACCUCAGUAAAUACUUUUGUGAUAAGUUUAAGGGCUCAGUGACUUGUUUUGUGUUAUAGUAAAUAAUAAAUAAAGUUCAUUUUGUAAUUUUCAUCAGAGUCAGAAAGACUUCACAGUAAGAGUUGCCGCUCAUACAUUAAGUUUGUUUUCAGUGUACCAAGAUGGUGGAAGUUGCUUAACUUUCAUUUAUUGGAGCAUGACAUAACACUUUCAUUGUGUUGAUCAAAGCUUCAAAGAUAAGUAAAUACAUUUUGAAAGCAUAGCAACAAUAUCUCUCCAAAAAAGCUUUACCUGGUUACUUAAUAAUGACACUCGCCAACAUUUCACCCUGCAGAAGGAACCAUCCAUGUGUCCAUUAGACAUUAAUAGCAUCCCCUUUGGCUGAGCUAGUGGAGUACUUGCACUUCCUAUGUUUGACAGGUGUAGUUUGUUUGAAGGAAAAUAUUUCCUACCUAAAAGUGCUGACAACAAGGUUUGGGUAAAUGUAAUCAAGAGAAAACCAGAGUCUAAAACUGGGCAACUAAAGUCAACCCUGGUCAAGAAAUGGAAUGUUUUAACAAGUAUCAGAAAACAUUUUUAUCUUUUUUUUCAUGUAAGUGUUCAUGUAAGAUUUUUGGAUGGCAUGUGGCUUAAGCAGCCAUGUGUAAGCCCAAAAGACAAACGAGACCAUUUUUUUCUAUGCUUCUUAAAACCAUAUUAGCUUACACUAGGAAACCCUUGCAGGAUUUUAGAGGAGCUCAGAGGAGCAGAGCGAGGAGUGGAGUAGAAGGGGGAGGGAGGAGGAAGAGACAGAAACAUUAUCCUCUUCGUCACGGCACGUACUGUACUGUAGGUUCACACAGGCUGUAUGAGUCCGUUCCAAACUGGUCUCACAGAGGAUAAAUUUAUCUCAGUCUUGUUGUUCAUUUCUCUGGUUUAAUGUGAUUUCAGUCUUUUUUAAAAAUGUGAGUACAGAUUUGUUCAGGGAGCAUCCGUUCCGUCCCUUCUCUAGUCUCCGUGGCAGUGUUGCCAUGGUUGCAUCAUUCACAUUGUUCUCUUGAGGGUGACAUAAUAAUUUGGCUCAAGUUAGAGAUUGUGGCUCCUUCACAGUAUAACAGGGACAUUACAUUUGCUGUUAAUAUUAGUAUUUUUUUUCCCACUGGAGUUCCUCUUCAUUAGUAUUUUUUUUAAAAACAUUGAACACUAAAGAAGUGACCAAAACAAUUCCUUAAAAAUAUUUAUCCUGGUUCAGGCUUCUUAAAUGCAACAAUUUAUUUUUUUAAUGUCACUGGAAAUUGAAUGUCUUUGGAUUGUGACUGUUGUGUAGAUAAAACAAGACAUUUGCAAAGGAAACUUGUACAUUUUUUACAAUAAAUUUCAGUCUAUAGACCAAAUAACUGGUCAUGUCAGGUGAGUUAUCAAUACGUUGUCUUGUACUUAUCACAGGUACACUGCCAUAUAAGUUGUUUUAUACAUGUCAGAGCUACAGAGCAGAGCUACUCUAACUCCGCUGUUGCAACAGGCCAGCGACAGAGUUUGAAUUGAGCAGAGUCAAGCUGUGUCUUCACGGUGAGUUGCUAGUUUGGCAAAUUCAUUGCUACAAAGUAUCCAGUGUUUCAAACUAAGUAAUACACAAGAAAUCAGACACGCACUGUGUUAUUUCUGCUGUGCUGUGCAAGCAUGUUACAGGAAGCACAACCAGAUCCCUGCUGUAAUUGUCCUUAUUAUUAAGUCUCCGUGGCUGCUGAAAUAAUAUUCCAAACUGCAGAAUGCCUGUUGUAGCAGUGUCAUACGUGUCCUCGGGCUUCACUUUAAGAUCCACAGCUGCGGUGCACCAGGAGCAUCUUUUUUUGGAAACACUGACAGGGCAGGUCGAGGAGCUUCUGGUAUUUCUUUGUCACAACCGUAGUCUCCCCUGAUCUAAUGUGACAGCUACAAGAACACUAAAGAAGAUGACCUGUCAUUGACAAAGAGGAAGUCAGGCCAAGAAGUCUGUUCUGAGAUAAUGGAUCUUUUCAGGGGUGCGGAAAGUAGGACAGUGGUGGAGUGGUGCAGGCACACAGGUGCCACAGCACAGUUCUACAAAAACAAGGAACGGCUUUUUAGAUGAGGACACAAUGAUAGUGGGGUAUUGAGUGGAAAUGAACAGGUAAAAAACCCCCACCAUAGGUAACCGUGCAGUUGCUAAACAACCUGGCAGGCUGGCAGCAAGCUGAUUCACACGUUACAGUACGCACAGUGUGUGUAAGCGUGGAUAAUGGAAGUGUGGAAGUCUUUCACACUUGACCAGUAUGUCACUCUGUACAACCUGCUGUGUUUGUGUGUGUACCUGUGUUUGUGUGUGUGCAGUUUUACUUUGCUCCAUGUUGAUGGGAUGAUGGGAAAUGCCUUCAUAGUAAAACAGCUUUUUUUAUGAGUUCCUCAAAUUUCCACACCUUUAGAAGCUAGAGAGAUGACAAGAUUUUAUGUGAAUCUACAACUUGGUGUGAAAAAUACAAUUUUAAACUGAGGAAAAAUCCGUCAGUAACCUGUAAUGGAAAAUGUUAAAAUCCUUAUUGGCAGCUGCGGUACUUAAAGCUGAGAAUCUGUAGUCAGCUUUGGACUAAUUUUCUUGGUCUUAACUAAACACAAGUGGUCUGUAUAGUAUAUAGUGUUUGGUCACUGGAAAAUAUGUUAAAGUUAACGCUCAUUAAGCACCAGCACAGAAUUGCAACCCAAACAUUUUGCAGAGCCUCUCAUGCUUUCCACGUUACAAAGCAGGAGAUGAUCUCUUUUACAAAGAUCUGCAGAGCUCGUGAACUUCCUUUGCUGAUAAAACAGCAGUAGCAUGGCUGAUAAACUGGAUUUUAUUUUUUCUAAAUUGGAUGUUUAGCUCAGAUGAGAGCAUCAACAUUCAUUUCCACAGUCACACGGAUACAAAACUGGUGUAAAAUCACCAGUCAAAUGUGAUUUAAAAAGUGCUUUUAAAAAAGUGCCAGAAAAAGAAGAGGAAUGGUUCAAAUCCUUCUGCUAUGAAUGCACACAAUUUCUAACAUCGUGGCUUUGUUUGGUCCAGUACCAGUUCUGCUCCUCCCAUGAGGGCACUUCAGAAACGCCAUACUAUUUCACCUUAUGAAUACAGGAAAUGUCAGCCUGACUGAAUUAAUGGCUACGAUGUUUCCUGUUUAAUUGCCUCUUCGGGGGCAGCAGCAGGACAGCUGCCUUCUUUUGCAUUUCAGAAUUGUCUCGUAGAUUUCUAUUUGGGAUCCUUUGAGUCGCUUCCUUUUUUGACCUCCAGUAUCUCUCUCUGGUCAUACAUCAUUACCUUAAAUUAAUAGUAGCUGGCUUAUUCUAACUCCCAGUCUGCUGUCUCUCAGUACUGGGUCUGACAAAUUAGGUCACUGAAAAAUAUAAAAUCACAAACUUUUUCUUGUUUUGUUAAAAAGUCCAAAUUUAUUCGAAAACAGCUGGUAGGUCAUCCACCCGAGUACAAGAGACUAAAUUAGGGAGGAAUAGUUGAAGAUGAUGGAAGCAGGUUGGGUGAAUGAGCGAGUAUUGGUUUGUCGGUUUGGUCCUGGUUUUAAUAGAGUGCAUAGAAAGCACUUUGCAUCUUAGCUGUCAGCUAAUCUAUUUUAGAUUAUAUGAAAAGUGAGUACUACUUAUGGUAAGGAUGACAUUUUUAACUCUUCCAAAACAUGUGCCAAGUCUCAAGUGAUGUAGUAAUUGCUGGAGAGGACAGUGUAUUGUGUGGGUACCUCCCAAGAGAUUGAGGGAUGAGGCAGGUCUUUUUGACCUUGUGCUGGUUUGUCCACGUGUUGCCAUAGGCAACCCAGUCUCCUCUUAAUGGGGCAAGAGCUCUGCCAGGGCGACUUUUAGAAUGCCACUUUGUUUGAAUUUAAGUACGAAACAGACCAAGAGCAACCCUAAGGCCUCUAUCAUAGUCUUUAAAAUCCUUUCAUCUGUUUCAGACUCGCAACAUUUACAAUCUUUUAGUGAUGGCUGUUUCUGUUUAGCAAAAAUAAGCGCAGCCAAGAUGAAAAUAAAAGCAGAACAGAAUCUGACAUGGGUACGGUGGAAAAUCCAUAACUGCAAUUAUUUUGUAAUUAGAGGUAGUAGCAUCUUUAACUGUCUGCAUUACUCCGGCGUAAUUGGAAAACAAUUUGUGAAAAAGUCUCUGGAGAAAGUUUUGGAAAGCAGCAGAACAGAGUGCAGACAGACAAAUGGGCAGGAAGGAGGAUGGACGGGCGAUGGAGUAAUCUCCCUAAGUCGACAGCAUCUGUCUACUGUCCCGCUCUGUCUGUCUCAGCUCAGCUGUCAUGGCUAUCAGACAGGAAGAGACUGUGAGAUGGCGUGUCUCGGUGUUCGCUUGGGUUUGGCACACUUAGGCAUUUUAUCAUUUCCAUAGGACAGCUGUUUCUCUGUAACCAUCACCUCUCCAUGUUUAUAUGUUUAGGAGGCAACUGACGUUUUUCUUUUUCAUUUUAGAUCAAGUACCAGUUCCAUUUCAUACCAGUCUUUAGCAAAUGCUGCUCUCUGGAGACUAUUUUGGGCUACAGGUUAGGUGCAUUUAUGAAUAGCAGAGCAGUGUAUGUUGGAUCGACUCAAUGUUCGUUCGCAUAUAAGGUAAUAGAGGAACUGGAGGAAUAGAAGAGUUUUUGGAGAGGAGCGCUCAGAAAUAAGGAUUUGGCAAUGCCAUCAGUACUCAAGAGUUCUUUGUUGGCAAUCAAAGAAUAAAAGGAAUCCCUGAAGUUUAAUAUAUAAAAUGUGUUCAAGAGCAACUUUUAUUAUGUUGGUUUCACUGUAAUUGAUGGUAUAGUUCUCUGGCCAGAUUUACAUUACAAAUCAUACGUACAAGGAUCAGAUGCCGAAGUGGUGCCAUAGCUUGAUGUCACUUCCUUUAAGACUGUGGAGGAAGGUUUUUCUACCUUAUAUUCAUUGAUGAGUUCUAAAAUGCUUUACAGUCACAAGCUCAGAAGGAUAAUAAAAUACAAUGUUGGUUAUUUCUGCAGUAGACAGGUCUUAAAAUGUGCCUCCUUAGGUAGAGGUACAUUGCUGGUGCUGCAAGCUUGGUGCUGUUGCUGCCCAUUACAACGUAGUGUGCUAUCAAUGAUCUUGGUGACUGUGGUCCCAACGGCCUUCAGAUCAUUAACAGCCUCAUCCCAUGUAGUUUUGGGCUGAUCUACCACCUUUCUCAUGAUUGUACCCAUGAGGUGUGAUCUUAGAUGGUCGUUUAUUAUUUCUUUCAUUUCCGAAAAAUCUUCUCCCCAAGCGUCUUGCUGAUGGUUGUGUAGCCCAUUCCAGCCUGGUGCACGUCUACAGUCUUGUCCUUGAUGACAGCUCUCUGGUCUUGCCCAUGGUUGCCCAGAGGAUGGAAACUGAUUGAUUGAUUGAUUGAGUGAUUGAUUGGUUGACUGACUGAUUGUAAUCUAUGUGCUCCAUGGGCACAAGGCCAAUCUGUGAGAGCAAGAAUGGCGGCUGACUUUUAGAGGAUCAAAUACUUAUUUCACUCAAUGAUAUGCAAAUCAAUUCAUAACUUUUAUGUUAUGUGUUUUUAUUCUGGGUUUUCUGUCUCUAUCUAUUAAAAUGAAGCUAUCAUAAAAGUGAGAGAUUCUUUGUUUCUUUGCAAGUGAGCAAACUUAGAAACUCAGCAGGAGCUCAGAUAUUUGUUUCUUGAUUAUAUUUUGCAUCAUAACUCUGCAUCGCAAACUCUUCAGAAACUUGGAAUAUAAAUGUACUGAAUUAAAAGUACAAGUUUUCCAGUUUGCAUUGCAAUUGAUUAGAUAUGCACUUUAUACACUAGCAGAAAGGACUUUGAAAUCACAGUUAUGUAAACACACUGACCAGAUUUCUCUCUAGCUUUGCAUGAAAACAUUACGAGCAAAACACCUCUUUUUUUUAAAUUACACACAAGCAUGCCUGACAUUAAUUACUGCAGUAUCAUUAUUGCAGAAAUCAUUGCCUUAUUUUCUCUUAGCAAGCUGUAUUUUAAAAACUCAUUAUUUAACAGUUUUGCCCGUUAAUGAGCUCAUCUCCCAGAUGAAGUGUGGUACAGUUGUUUUGUUUGACAGCAAUUAUUCUUUACAUUUGAACAAUGUCCUCAGAGUCACUGUAAGCACUGAUAUGUGGAGAAUGUUAAUAGGCUGCUCCACUCCACGUGACUGAGGGGAGACUGCACUUUACCAGCAAUUUAGCCAUCCGUGCGAUUAUAUAAAUCACAUGUGUGUGUAUCAGUGUAUGUGUGUGAUAGAGAGAGAGGGAACUGCUGAUUGUGAAUUUUCACGUCAUGUCACCAUUUGAUUUCCUGUUCAGAAAAUCUUUCACAUUGACCAUUUUCACUAUUAAAACAACUGCAGUGAUGGCAUUUAUUCUCGAUUGAUCUUGAGCGGUUGAUCAAAGGACUGAUUGUUCAAUUAGAAUUGAGUUUUGUCUGAAACAGUGUACAGAUCUGCUGUGUGAACAACUCGACCUGUGUUCUUCGAGAAAAAAGCAAAGGAGUCAAGAGUGGCAAAUGUUGCCAUUUUGGAGUUUCUGGCAUGACAACUACAAAUGACUUGUGGUCACUCUCAUCAAACCUUACUUUGGCUGUGUCAUGGGCAGAGCAAGGAGGCACACUAAGCUGGUCAUCAUGUGCUGCACAACACAAGAGCCACUCACACUGAGCAACAGCUAGCAUUAGCUUUCCUGCCCCUUCUUAUGUGACUUACAAGUGUCCCCGCAAACAUUUACCAGGUAAACGUGCUGUCGUGUGACACUGAGGGUCAGCUGCAGCCCUUUAAAAAGCAAACAUUGCCAAGGUUAGUUAAGAUGCCGAUGCGGUCCUUAUUAUCAAGGCCCCAGUCACACAAGCGUGGAGAUCUCCUAGCCACCAUCUGGCAACCACCCAUCGCAAACAGAGAAAUGCGUGUUCCCCGACCAGUUGCAGUGUGGCUGGUGAACGUUUUUGGCAGUCGUGCUCCAAACAGAAAACUUGACCUCUAAAUUUGACCUUGAUGUCAAGGUUACUGAGAUUCAACUCCUAGGUUGUCUCGAUCUGUGUCCGCGCCACCUGCCCACCCGGCCGUAUGACAACAAUACCCAUCAGCCUUUGAGCUGAUGGAUAAAAACUAAUCUUGCGUGUUCACUACAUAGAUUUCUUCCUUCAUCCUCUCUCUCCUCAUGUUGACUGUCUCUUUAUCUCUGUAAAGCACAGAUUACAUUAGGACAUGUGGCUCACAGGAAGUCCCAGACUUCUUGUGGGGUCUAUAGGUUUGCUUUGUAACAAUUUCAGCAGGAUUUAAGCUCUUUAUUACUUCAUACUCUUCGUUCUAAUUACAUUCAGAGCAAAGAUUUUAGAUGGUGACGGGAAAUCUUGCUGCCUCUCAUAUGGUGACAGGACAGGCUUUGAAAACAGCACAAAAGCAUCCAUAAGGAGCACCAUAUGGGAAAUAAGAUAUUAAAACAGCUCAAACUGCAGGAAAGUCAAAAUUUCCCACAUGCCAACUAUCCAGCUGACUGCCCCCCAAACUGCACAGGAAACAACAACCGACCCAGCAGCAGACGUAAUCAAUUCAGGAGUAAAAUUUGAGCCAAAUCUGCGCAGUGUCUGCCAAGAUUUACAAAGCAACAUAAAAAUGAUGACUUGAAAUUAAACUUUUUCAUGAAUAAAAAGUGCUUACAAUUACUUUAUAUGUUUGCGCAGAAAUAUGUGGACGUGUUACUUCCUUUAAUCGGCCGGCCUUCGGAUCCUGAUGCAUUAGAUAUAUGAGUGUGAGGAGUGACGAGCAAAUACAGAGUGUGUUUCUUGCAGUGACGUAUCAUUCCUUUUAUUAUCCACUAACAACUUAAGUGUGAAUGCUUUGAGUUAAAGUAAAAAAAAUAAAUAAAUACUGCAGCAACAAGAAGUGUCGCUUCACUCCUCCUUAGUUUAUUUAUGAAGCGCUGCUCUACAACAGUGAUGUAUUAUUUGUGCGAAUGUGCUUUCGGAGCACUGCGAAUCGUGACGGUGAGGUUUGAUGGGCUCGCGGACGUGGGAGUGAAGCGCCUCGACCUUGACUGUCUGGCCUGAAUUUGCCUUGUGAUGCCCACAUCGCCACAGCAGCGGCACCGCGUUAAAGCGUUUUCUGCAGCAACUUUGUGUCGUGACUCGUGGGCUUAACAUCAGCGUGUUCUCACAGAGCUUGCUUCCCGCUCUCACUGUUCUCCUCUUGUCUCUUUCUGUCCAGACAGAGAAGGUGUCUGCAUUUAUUCUGCUGUGCAACAGGCUGUGCUAAAGCACCACAUACCCUCAGUCAGACACUUUAUUAGGUACAGGUUGUUAUUACUGGGUUAGACUCUCUUUUUCCUUGAGGACUGCCUUAAUUCUUUGAGGUGUAUAUUCAAGAAGGUGCCUGAAACUUUCCUCAGAGAUUUUUAGUUCAUAUUGACAUGGACAUGGUUAGCUGCAUGUCCUUUUGAAUAUCGUAAGCGUAAACUUUUGAGAGGAUUUUAGGUUUGUGACAUGGCAUGUUACCCUGCUGGAAGUAGUCAUGAGAAGAUCCGUGCACUGAAUCCUUGAUCCUUGAGCAUGAAUCCUUAGAAAUAAGUCACAGAAUAAUUUAUUUUGUGAGCAUCAAUACUAUUACUACUGUGAUAUCACUUCUCUUUGUGGAUUUUCCCAAGUGAACAUAAUAUAAGCAGAUGUUUGACCAGCUGUAUGUAUGAUUUCUAAGGGUAUAAACAGUAGAAUUUAGAGAGGUAAUCGAAUCAGCACCUCAAAUAUAAAUUGGUGUCUGCUACCCUUGAUGCGACCUAGAUGUAACCAGUCCAGCUUAGUUCAUCACUGCAAACUUUAUCUCAAUACUACAAACUGUGCAGUGUAGCCUGCACUAAACUGCCUGGUACAUUCAUGCUAUGUUUAAGAGACACAAAAGUAGUGCACUUCAGUUUGUUUUGCUAGAUGUUUCACAAAAAACGUAAUCCAGCAGCACAUUUGAAAACUAAAAUGAAUCAGGACAUUACAUAUAAAAUCAAAAUUUGUCAAAUUUCUUCUGCUCCUGCCCUCUUUGUCUUACAGCUUUCACCACCUCUCAGUGUUUCACAUUGAGGGUUUUUGUUACUAUGUAAUACAGGGACAAACUGCACAGUUUGUGUGUUUGAUGAUAUUUGUGAGUUGUUUGAAAAGCUGCAUUUGAAAAUUGUCUGGUGCUUAAAACAUUAAUCUCCGUAGCGAGAAGGAAAUGAGAAGGAAAAAGAGAUGUGUUUGGAGCUGGAAGCAGACUUUGGGAAGUCGCAUUAUUUUUCCUUAUUUCUAAGCAUGCCGUCUCUGGAGGCAAUACCAGGCUGCAGCACAUGAAAAAUGAACUCAUUCAGUAGUAACAUGCAUUAACCUGCCUAUCAGAUUUAAUGAAUCAUUGAGUGAAGGUGCCAGAGUGCUGUUCUGGAUCGUUCUGGCCCACUUUUUUGUUUUGUGUUCAGAUAUGCUGCUGACUUCCUGUCAGGCUGCCCUUUUCUCUCAGACUUGUAUCGUCAGCAAGGCGAUUUUACCCACUGGAUAUUUUCACUUUUUCACAUCAUUCCCAACAAAUCUUAGAGAUCCUUGUGUGGGAAAAUUCCCAGCAAAUAAACAAUUUCUGAAAUACUCAGACCAACCAGUCUGCUCCACGAACAACCCUGCAACGUUCAAAGGCACUGAAAUCACCUUUCUUCCCUAUUCUGAUGCUCAGUUUGAACAGCAGGUCGUCUUGUGAUCGAGUGAUUAGAUAUUUGCAGAAACGUGCAGUUGAACAGAUGUGUUGUUGAGUGUAUUUGUAGUGUGUAAUUUAAACCUUAUAUGAACUUUUUUAAGGGGGCGUAUGCCAACAUCCCAUAUUACCUUGACAUAAGCUAACUGUUAUGUACAAUAACUGGCAAAUGUUGAGGGAGCUGGCAGCAUAAAAUAUACUAGAAAAGCUGUUUGGUAAUUUCUAUACUUCUACUUUAUAAUGCUUUAUUUAAAUUAAACAUUCACCGGUCGCACACAGUUGAAGAAUGCAGUUAUGUGAACCUGCGCGUUUGUGGUGAUCACUCCAGGAAACGUGUCACUGUUUCCAUUCAUCAAAUGCAAUAAUACAAUGCUCCAGAAUAUAUCGAUGUGCUUUUUUGAUUGGUACAUUUUGGCCGUGUUUUGUUUCACUUUCUGUCUGUGUGUCUUUACCAGCAAAUUCAGAACCAGAGUUAUUAUAAAAGAGGUUUGGAUUUGUCAUUUUAUGCUGUUUAUGUUGUUUUAGCCAUCUCCGAGGAAGUUUAAGCAGCACUGAAAUGUUUUCCUUGAUGUAUUUUUGGCAGAUUAAACGUGUAAAUAGUUUGUGAAACAAAUUCAAUGGGAUGUUUUCCAAUUUCAGUAGUUGUGAAUGUCUCCAAAGCAUGCUGAUAUUGACUACAUAAACUAAGGUAUGCAUAAAAUUGAAUUGCAUAAAUCUUUUACACCCGUAGAAGAGAGAUUGGUUGAAAUGAAUCAAGUGGUGGCAAAGAUUUGUCAGAUACACAAACUGAAUAUAAGACGGAUGUAAUCACAGAGUCAAUGUGCCAGUGCCCUAAGUCUGGAUUGUUUCCAGUGGCCAGCAGAGUUUGAUUACUCUAGUUGGGUGGCGUUACGGUGGGUGUUUCUAUAUUUUCCACAGUCUUAGAAGCACUCAACAGCUUUUUACCUGACAUACUUCACACCUACACUCAGAUGCAGCGUGUUCAAAGAAUUAGAACAUGUCAAACAUACUGAAAUAACUUCCUUUCCCAGUUUAUUUUCCCCACCUGAGGGACUAGCUCAGCAGUGUUGCAUAAAGCUUGUCAAAAUGGUGCUCUUAGCCAUGGUUUUUGUAAUUAGUGUUUUAUGGUAAUUUUGGGCAAUUGAGUCCCCAGUUACCAUAGCAACAGCUCAAUGUGCAAUUUCCAUGGACUGUUAAGGAAAGCUUUAGGGAUAAAAACUUACUAAAGGGUGUUUAUGCAAAUGGAAGCUGUCAUGCAGGAUGAGCAAACCCUGCAAAUGCGGGCAGGGUUCGGGGGAAAGAGACGCUCAUAGGUUUGAACCCUGCAGGUCACAGUGUGCAUCAGCAUUAGUGUGACCUUGAGGAAAAUAGUAAAGCAGAUCUCACUGCUGAAAGAGCGUGUAAGCUGGAAGAUACCAACGCGCAGAUGAAAAAGCCGUGGCGUCUAAUCUUUCUUUUUCAUCUAGAGAGGAGAGGAAAACAAGAUGAGGGGAGGAUAGAGGAGUGACAGAGGCAGCAGCAGGUGAUAGAUGGAGUGAACGCAUGAAUAGAGAUCCAGACAGUCAUGCACAGCUAUCAGCUGGCAGUAAAAAAGAGAGAUUGACUCCCGGCCAGAGUGAGAGAGAGCGAGAAAGAGGGAGGGAUGACAGAAAGAUGGAGAGGUUAUUCCAGAUAGCAGCAGGUCUCACAGUGUGUUCAUGGAGACUUUUUCAGGUGAAGGUGAACUGUUCUCUUGCAGUCGGGACUGUUGGAUCUGUAUUCAUCACAUAGCAGGGAGACAAAAGUGGAAACCACGUCACACAAUGGGGCUCAGCAAUGUAAUCGAGGAAAAAUAACACUGUUGAAUAGCUGGAAUUUUUUAUUGAGCAUCUCUCAGCUCACUGCUUUAUUUUUAGGGCCAGUGACUCUAUUGUUCUGGUUCACUCUCAACUACUUUUCAGCAUCAUUACCAUUCUCUUCAGGCAGCUGCAUUAGAAAGAAAAUGAUUCUGAUAAACCCACGGCGUGCUACUGAGCAGGUCGAUAAAGUGGUGCGUGUGACCUGCUUAACAGUCAGAUAACUCUGUUAGGCAUUGGUGGAGACCAGAGGGCAAACAAAAAGAAGAGUGAAUAUUAGACUUCUAUUUCCCAAGUGGUUAUAGAUAUGAGUUUAAAGUGGGUGAUUCUUUCUCUGAGUCUCUACACGUGUACGCGUUCAGCUGGUUGUCGUAACAUGCCGCAACCGCCUUUUACACGAUGACAUGCCAGCCCUGUGUUCCAGUUUGCACACGUUUGCAAAGUUGCCGUUUUAUAGACCUUCUCAGAUUAUCUGAAUAUUUUAGAGGUCUGAAAAAGUCAAACUAUGUACUCCAAAAUGUAAAAAAGUAAACCCCCGUAAUAAAUCACUGGAUCAGAUUGUACUCUACUUGAACUGGUGCAUUUUGCGUUCCUAUUUAGUCUGCAGAAUCAAAUUACCCUGAAACUUUGAGUAACAAGUGUCACUCUGUUCUAUGAUCUAUGAAUAGCUCCGAGCUUCUAGGUCAACAGUUUUGAAGACAUGGCGCUGUUAUCAUAGACAUCCGUAUGCCUGUGUGUGUGUCUGUGCGUGUGUGUGUGUGUGUGUGUGUGUGUGUGUGUGUGUGUGUGUGUCUGUCUGUCUUUCUGGCUCUGAGCAUUGGACGAGUUGCUGGGACACCAGCAUGGCAAGGUGACCUCUAAUAAAUAACUAAAUAACACGGAGACACACACACACAGACUCUUACUGGCAGUCUGAGUCCAUGUUUUCAGCCCAGAAGUCCAAAAUGUAUACAGUAAAUCAACAGUUCAUAAUUUUGUUUAACUUUUCUUAUCAAUCCUAAAGAUACACACACGCUCCAGAAGUAUGUGGUGUAUGUUUCAUAUCCUUUUUUUCCACAUGAUGUAAGAUCGAGGAACAUUUGAAACAAGUUGAGUGAGAGCAGCUAUUUUUGUCAGUUUGUGCUUUAACCAUUUAUCACAGUUAGAAAAAAGCAGAAGGUCAAACUAGUGACCAUCACAUGUGCGCUGAAGUAACAAAGAGAGAUGCAGGCUCCAUUUGUGAUCUAGUGCUGACCAGCUUUGACUUGUUAAACCCUCUGACACCCAAAACCCAAUGGCUAAUGGGUCAUCAGGGCUUUGUGUGUUGAAGUUAAUUAGUGGUAAAAGAAGCAUCUCUUACGAGAGAUUUCAGCUUUAUUGGCUGAUUUCUGAGGGGGGGGGAAGUUGUAAGUCUAACCUGCCAAUUCCAUUUUUCUUUCCCAGAACUAUAACUGACAGCACAUACAAACAAAAAUCAUUACUUCUUCAAUUAAAGACACUGGAAGAAAUGAUUAAACUUUACAAUUCUUCUCCCAAACUGCACUAAGUCACAGGAUUUACUCUCACUGAAACAGCUGAAAAUUAAGUGCUGCUGGAAAGUGGUAACCAUAACUAAGUCACCCUUACCUGACAUAUAUGAAUUUACUAAACAUGAGUAAAGGCAUCAGAUUUAUAUUAAAGCAACUGUCAGGUACUUGCAUCAUUUUCCACUGUGUUUAUAACUUAAAAUAACGGGACACUUUGGUCCUUUGCUCAUACUGAGGCUGCUGGCUUGUGGUUGGCUCUGAGCUCUGGAUUAUUGUCACAAACGUUUUCGUGUUGGUGCCCCCACGGUUAACCUUGGUGAACUUUGUGUCUUCACUCAGAAUGAACAGGUUCCAUGCUAACAGUGUGUGUGGAUUGAAGUGUGUGCAUGACUAUUUCCCACUCUGCUCAAGUUGCACAUGCUAAAAUGGACUGCCUCACAAUCACACGUGUGGAAAGUCGAUCGCUCAGUGGUCCGGGCCGAGAACAGGUGAUUCUGUUCCUGGCCGGUCAGUAAAAAAAAGACUAAAUGGGUAGUCUUCUAAGUUUAUAGUUUAAAAUAAAAAUAUUUGUGCUUUUAUUUAGAGGUUUUAAUCGUUUUUUUUUACUUGUCCUGUUAACAGAACAUAUGUAGGUCAGCCAUAAUGAGCUGCAAAGUCUUUAUUUAAGACUGUACACAGUCAAAGUAACCUCAGUGCUUUUAAUGUGUUAAGAGUGUAGCUUUUACAUGCUAAACAGGUCAUUGUGAAAUACAAAACAAAUCCAAAAUCUUUGGGAAAAUGUGAUCAUAUUCAGCAGAAAUUGGCUUGUGCUGUGGUGAAGUUCUGCAUUGGGUUUAUGUGAAAAGACAAACUUUAAUUUUGAAAAAUAGCACAGAUGCUUUCCUCUUUUCCUAAUGAAGACAGGAGGCGGUUUUUUACUGCUCAAACACAGGAUGAUAAGUUUGCCUUCCCAUUAAAUUGCCUUCUGGAAUUCAAAAAUGGUUUUAGAUCGAGCUGCUCCUGUAUAGAAGAAACAAAAAGUGCUGUGCCUGGGUUUUAAGAUGGCUCCCCUGCUUGUCUCUUGAUAGAGGAAGCGAUGGAGGAGGAGAAAGAGAAAAAGUUAAACCUGGAGACAGAUUGAGGAAAAGCGCUGAGACACCGAGAGAAUGAAAGGGGAAAAAAAGGAAGAUAGAGCGAGGAGAUGCGCUGGGGCAUCUCAGGCAGAAAGAACUGGGCCACUGAGCACAACUCUGGAAGAAAAGAGAUGGAAAAAAAAAAAGAAAAGAGUGGCCUGGAAAAGAGGGAGAGACAGUGAGAGAUGACAGAAGGAGAGGAGAGGCUCAUGUGAAGCCUUUCCUCUGUGAGCUUCACAUAUAGGCUACUGAAGAACAGUUGGACGAGCGAAGCCUUGAAAUGAAAAACCAAAUAAGUUGGUCUGGUAAUGUUUGAGAACAGCCAGCUGUCUCUCUGUUGAUCAGGAUAUCACUUUGCACUUUCCAACAAGCUGUUUUCAAGUCUGACUUUGGAUCUUUAGACGAGAAGUCCAUUUUCUUGUAACUAAUAAGCACCUACAACUAGUAAGGUGAUCAUCUUUAUUAUGUUGAAUAGUGAAAAAUGAUGGAAUCUCCCUGUCUCAGAGAAAUGUUGUGGAUUGUCAUCUAUUAAGUAAAUCGGUGAAAAUCUCAUAUCUGUUACUUUUGGGCUCUGAAGCCUUUUCUAUAGGAAUAUUACCAGAAAGCAACCAGCUAGCAACCAGUUUCCUCGGAUUGUGCUCAUUGACAGACUCAUUCAUACUGAUGGCAGAGUGCUGGCAACAAUCUGUCUGCACUCAUUAAUAAAAUAGCACCUUCUGUGAGAGUGAUUGCAGUUAAGUCAGACUGCAACUGUUUGCAGAAAGGUUGCCUCCUUUCAGGCGAUCUGUGCAAUCGCCUUCCAAUCACAAGUUGUUCGGAAGGCGAUUGCAACCAAUCAGUCACAGCACAUUGCAAUCUGGUGCAGAAUGACAGAAGUUCAAUUCAAUCCAAUUCAAUUUCAUUUAUAUAGCGCCAAAUCACAACAACAGUCGCUUCAAGGCAAGUCAAGGCAAUUAACAGGCAGCCAGCACAGAUGUCCUACUUUUUAUCAUUUGACUGAUCCAUUAGCGUGCUCUGAGUUAGCUUUUUGAUACCAAGUGUGUCCAAUGUCGGAUGGUUUUUCGGUUGAAUAGAUGUAAUGUAAGCUUGCUAACACUAUUUCAGGAUUUUGGUGCAUAAGAUGAGCUCUCUUGUUCAUAGUAUUCCCAAUGUAUUUCAUUUUAUUGAGCUAGCAUUGGCAACAUCCGGUCUUCCCUCUGUAAAGCCUUGCAGCCAUGGUGGUAACUGUUGUGGAUGAGAAUUGUGGACAGGACUAUGGAUAAAGUUAUUCUUCAGAUUGUCUAUUACUGUACACCAACGUCAGUUUAAAUCUUGCUGUAGUUUCCUGUCAGUGUAAUUUUUUUAUAUCAGUCAAUAUCAAUAAAAAUAUCAUAGUUAGUAGUGCUAUUGUCAUUAUCAUUUGGCCUUUCAUGUUUUCUGUCAAUGAACUCUUAAUAGAAAUAUAAAGUUCACAGAAGCCAUAUUUCUAUUGAAGAAAUGUGUUUCACAAUAAUGAUUUUAAUAGUUUGAUCGCUCAGCCCUACUUUCAGUUGCCCACGGCCACACUUUGGCAUAUGGACCGGGGAGCUUAGUAUCAACCCACUGACCCUUUGAUUACUUGGCAACCGUCUCUACCUUGUGAGCCACAGAUGAUAAUGAAACUCGUUACGAGGUAUUUCAUGUGCUUAAGCCUACCAAUUUGAGCGCUUUUUCUAUAUAGCUCAAAAAUGAAGGAUACCUUAAAUGACACAUCAGAUCUUGAUAAAUUAAAGGGUUCUUUUGAAAAAGGGUCAUUAGAAUUUUAUGCUAUUUAUGCCUUUUUUUGCUGCUCUUUUUUAAACUUAUUCUUUUUAAACUGUAUUGCUUAUUGCACUGUAGAGGCUGGUGAGGAACAGUAUUUCGUUUCAGGCUGGGUAACACCAUAAGGAAUGAUAAUAAACUUCUUUAGUCUUCUUGAGAAGUCAUGAUCAUCAACCCUUUGAGGUACAGAUUUAAAACAUUAAAGACUUCCCUUUAUUUUAUUUAUGUAUUUAUUUCUUUGGAAUCUUGCAGAAGCAAAUUUAUGAGAGAAAAGGCUGUGGAAACACGAGCACACUUCUCUUCGACGCCGAUGCUGUCGAUAAAAUGUCAAUAGUUGCCACCAGGGUUUGCUGCAGGCCAGGAUGCGUCGCAUAUAUUGCCCCAAACUAACAGAGUCAUGUGCUAUUCUUGGCUGACUUUUUAAAAUUGCCAAGCAUUCCUGUUGAGCAGCUAAUUAAUAAAAAGAUCUAUUAGCCGCCAUAUGAAAACAGUGUACAUGAUAGAAUCCCUGCAGUAGCUCGGAUACGUUCAUAUCUGACAGCAUGAUUCUCCCUGACUGCCUGUCACGCAGCCCUUUUCUGUCUGGCUGCUUGUUUAUCUGUCUUUAUUGCAAACUAUUUAUAAAUCCCACUGUUUGUCUGUCUAACUUUCAGUCUGUCAUUUGUGGGUACUUGUCACUGAAGGCAGUCACGUCCUAAAGUUUUUCUGUGUACACAGUGAGAGUCAUAAACAUCUUUUUCAGGUCACUCUGUGGUUUCGGUAACAACGCUUUGACUCAUUUGGCGCGUUUGUAUAUUUGUUCAUUCAUGCAUCUGAGCAUAAUUGAUUGUCACAUUUCGGGUGCAGGUGAAUUGUCAGCUGUUCUCGGCUUUGUUGUGUCAGCUGAUUGUUAUUUUUAGUGUGAGUGAUGCAAGGGUCGUUGGGUUUUACAGACGUGCCACCUGGAGCCACAGUGGCAGGCAGAUUGGACUGGCUGAGAGUGUGAAAACGCCCAGACUGUGAUUCAUCAAGACCGUGUUGUGAUUCCUCGAGGCUUUGUCCUCUUCAGAAAAAUGCAAACCAUUUGUUAGAGCACAGAUAAAUGUUUCCCUGACAGCAAGGCUUUUUAGGGAUGGGAGCGACGGGAUGGAAUGAAACGGUGAGAACUGGGGAUGGUUUGGGGGAAAAGUGAGGUAAAAUAUUUUAUUUGUAUCUGUUUUUUCACUUAAAUCAACCUAAAGGUAGGGAAAUAUGAGGCGGGAAUAAAACUAACCCACACAACUUCAGAAAUUUACAAAACCUUCACACUGCGCCUAACUAAAAUAGACAAUUAAAUUAAAUGUGAUCUCCAAAAAAAGCUACUAACUAUUCAGUAAAUCCUUUUAUUAGUGAUCUUCAAUAAAUAUUACCACUGUUUUGUCUACGCUUAUGAAAGAUGAAUUCAUAAUUUAAUUAUUUAAUUAACGUCUCACUAAAUUAAGUGAGACUUUAAUUCUUAUGAGCAUUAUAAAACUUCCAGAGGUAACCAGAGGUAAUUCUGACCUUUUAGCCACUGAUCAAUGUAUUAGCAGACUGAUAUUUUUUCAAAUUUAUAAUAGCCAGUAAAUAAAUCUUAAAACUGUAAAGAAGAGAUGGCGGGUGUGUUGAUGUUGCAUAAUUCGUCCACAAGAGGGCACUCUCAGUUUCCUUGUUGGCAAUGCACCUGUUUGGAAGGACAAACACAGUGGGCAGUGUGUAAACAAAUAAAUAAACAAAUGUAACAAAUUUUAGGGAAAUCUUUUUGAGUUUUUGUAUCUAAAGAAAAAAGACUAAAAUUGGGAAUUAUAUUAGAAUAUCAGCAUCUGUCUUAAAAAGUCCUACAUCAGUCCUGUAUGUCGAUGUUGCCAUUAACAUAAAAACCAGGAUGUCACACAUUCAGAAUGUCAAAAAAACGAAGAAACACACAAACGAAUGGCAAUACUCGAGACUUAGGGUCUAAUUUAAAAGAGCUCCUGUCUCAUCUCCUUCACCUGCUUCUCGCCUCUCAUGUGAGCUAUUAUGCAUCAUCUAAAAUCAAAUAAAAUGUUAAAGAUUUGCAUUUUCUUUCUUUAAGGAAGUACAGGAUAAUGACUACCAUUUAAAACACUGAAUUCGUUUCAGCAGUUGAAAUUACAAGUUACAGCGCGCUGGACCUCAAUGUGAACCAGCGGUCUGCUUCACAAAAAGGAUGGCAUAAUAAGCUGGCAAUAUAGUUUUAUACCACAACAAAAACAAGAAUUAUCAUGGGAAAUGACAUGGCGGUCCUUCUGCCUCCCGUCUGACCUCGUCUGCAUCUGCUCCUUUCCUGGAAAAAGACACCUCCCUAGCCUAACCUUGCUGCAUUAAAAUCAGCUAGCAAUUCUUAGCCUGUUGUUUUCUACUUAUUAUCCAAGUCCGGGACAAUCUGUUCAGACUCUCUUGGACCAGAAAAAUUUCACCCUGACUUUAACUAGUUAUGAUGUGUAAGCAUGUUUGCAAAAUCCCUCUGCACCUCAACAUGUCAGCCUCAAUAAUUCAAUUCAAUCAUAGCACUGAAUUGAUCCUUUUGACCCUAUUUACACAGAGUGCCAACUCUUAAUGAGCGCAAAGACAAUGAGUAUAUAAUAAUCACAAAAAACAGCUUUACUUAAUCAUUUUAUUCCUAACAGGUAUGACUUUAUAACUUUAGACAAACAGCUUUGACCUGUGAUGCCAAAAAAGAGCAAUAAAGUCUUUCAUUUUUUCUAUAUCAGUCGUACGGUUUUUCUAUUCCAAAACACGAUAACACAUUUUUUUUAAUUGCUCAGAUACAUAUCAUGGAUCAGCCUAUCCGCUGUCUUUAAUGCCUUUUAAGGUCUUUAACAUUAACUUUGAAAGCAGCCCUGAACGUUGUGUGGGAUAUCUGGUUAAGUCAAGCUACCGAAGCUUAACCAGAUCUUAACCUUUGAAGUAGCAGACGACAAGAAAUUGUUUCUAAUUUGAUAUAUUUUCUGUGAUACUUAUGUUUUGUGAUUAUUGCCAACAGAGACAAUACCCCAGUUUAUUUCUGGGGGGGUUUUUUUCCAUCAGAUUAUUCUUCCAGACUUUGCUGGCUUGCUAUUUAUAAUAUUCAUCCGGUACUUAUCAAUCAGUCUCUUUACAUUUUUUUCAUUAUAUUUUUCCUACAUGAACUUAUGCAGUAAAUAACCAAACAAAUUGUUUGGGGGGGUCUGAUAUGAUGAGAAGACAUUGUGCAACAGACAACAUCACGAGUGAGUUUCCCCACAUUUUAAUAUGUAAGAAAAUAUCAGAGGAUCGGGGCGUUUGUCAUCACUGCAAAGUUUAUUUGUGUGUUGAAAUGUUAAAGGUUGUGGAGCAGCACAGGAUAGUCUGACAGUCAAGCAGCAGCUGAUACGGGUAGCCUGCUCCUUCUACUGGUUAAUGCCUGAUUCAGUGCUGGUUGUCCAGCCACGCUGAAGGGUGAACGGUUUGAUUGUGCACCAAAGUUCCACAAAAGCAAGCGGAGGCAAAAUCCACUCAGUGAUGACGCAUAGUUCAGACUCACUUUUUUAUGACGACUGUCUUUCAAGCCUUUUUUGCAGCCAGAUGCCUUGUUAUCCCAGACUGUGGAUUUGUCUAAAAAGCUUAAUAUCUACUAUCAAAAUCAGUCCUCCAAUGAUAAACCUGUGCCUCAGACUUAUAUAACUUUUCACUAUUCCAGUGUACGUAUGUGGGAUGACAGCACAUUUCUAUAGGACUUUUCAAAAAGAACAUCUUAAAAUGAUGUUCUCUGAUGAUCAGAGACUCAAGCACAAUUGAAAUCUGCAUGUGUGUGUGUGAGUAUUUUCAUGUGGUGGUAGUACAGGUAACUGCCCAAAGUGCUUAUUUAAUGUUUAGUAAAUGUAAAAAAAAAAACAACAACCCAACAAAACACAGAAAGUGGCAGAACAAGCUGUUCUUGGCCGCUAGAUAACUAACUGCCUCCCACAUGCACACACACACUCACACUCAGGGAUUUGCUUGACAAUGUGGAGCACUGGGAUGUGAAACAGGAUCUUCCGUGUCCUCUCACCGUCACUGACACAAGUAAAUGAGUCAGCAUGCAUGACUGUUUGUGUCACUGAUUUGUAUGUGUGUGUGUGUUUCACAUGUGCUCGUCCGCGAUAGCGUGCGACUGUUGUGAGCGAGUGCAGAAACCCUGGGGCGAUAUCCACAGAGCGCAGCUCUCCCGCCUUUUGCGAGAAACAGAAAAGGAAACACGAAGCGGUGGCAUGGAGCUGUUCUCGGGCUCUUAUUCAGGUGCUAUAAAAGUGUCUGACAUAUCUGAGUCUACAUUAAGCGUCGCAGAAUGUGGAGCGCUCGCCCACCGAGUGCAGCAUGUUCUGUUUUAUGACACAGAAGAGAGAGACAGAGAGAGCAGGAGAACGAGUAAAAAUACACCCAGCUCCUGGGAGACGGUCUCUAUGGCAGCGGUUACCGUGGCGACAGUGAGGCUGCACGUGAAGCGAUGGCUGUCAUGGCACCCCUAGGGGAAUUCACCCUCUUGAGCUGCUGGAGGACAUGCACAGAUAUUCACAAACACACAAGCUUGAAUGAAGAGCAGAGGGAGGAGGAAAGCGACCGCUCGAGGGGAAAUUCAGGAGAACUGCCGAUCGCUCGCUAGCUGUGUGCAGUGUCUGGAAAUGACCACUAAACGGAAGCUGAUUGGCCGGCUGGUGCCGUGCCGUUGUUUCCGUGGUGAAGAGGAAGUGAUCUCAGUGUUGGACUACUCCCACUGCAGCCUGCAGCAGGUCCCCAAGGAAAUCUUCAGCUUUGAGAGAACUCUGGAGGAGCUCUACCUAGAUGCCAACCAGAUUGAGGAAUUACCCAAGCAACUCUUCAACUGCCAGGCCUUGAAGAAGCUGAGCAUGCCAGAUAACGACCUGUCCAACCUGCCCACCACCAUCGCCAGCCUGGUGAACCUGAAAGAGCUAGACAUCAGUAAAAACGGAAUCCAGGAGUUUCCAGACAAUAUAAAAUGCUGUAAAGGCUUGUCUGUGGUGGAAGCCAGUGUCAACCCCAUCACCAAACUCCCAGAUGGUUUUACGCAGCUCCUGAAUCUGACCCAGCUCUUUUUAAACGAUGCCUUCCUGGAGUAUCUGCCUGCUAACUUUGGGAGACUCUCCAAACUACGGAUCCUGGAGCUGAGGGAGAACCACCUGAAAACAAUGCCAAAGUCCAUCCACAGACUGACACAGCUCGAGAGGCUGGAUCUGGGUAGCAAUGAAUUUUCUGAAGUGCCGGAGGUGUUGGAACAGAUCCACAAUCUGAAGGAGCUAUGGCUUGAUAAUAACUCUCUGCAGACUAUACCAGGGUCAAUAGGGAAGCUUCGUCAGUUGCGGUACUUGGACUUGGCUAAGAAUCGUAUCGAGACAUUGGACGCGGACAUUUCGGGCUGCGAGGCUUUGGAAGACCUGCUGCUAUCCUCCAACAUGCUGCAGCACCUUCCUGACUCUAUAGGAAUGUUAAAGAAGCUGACAACACUAAAGGUAGAUGACAACCAGCUAACCUCACUGCCUAACACCAUUGGGAGUCUGUCUCUACUGGAGGAGUUGGACUGUAGUUGUAAUGAGUUGGAGUCGCUGCCUCCCACCAUCGGCUACCUGCACAGCCUGAGAACCUUCGCUGCCGAUGAGAACUUCCUCUCAGAGCUGCCCCGCGAGAUCGGUAACUGCAAGAACGUGACCGUCAUGUCACUGCGGUCCAAUAAACUGGAGUUUCUUCCUGAUGAGAUCGGACAGAUGACCAAACUGCGAGUCCUUAACCUCAGCGACAACAGGUUAAAGAAUCUACCGUUUACCUUCACUAAGCUGAAGGACCUGGCAGCUCUGUGGCUCUCUGACAAUCAGACCAAGGCUCUGAUCCCACUACAGACAGAAGCCCACCCAGAAACCAAACAGAAGGUGGAGAUAAACCUAAAACGCUAUCCAACACCCUACCCUGAGGACCUGAAGAACAUGGUUAAGUCAGUGCAAAGUCUUGUGGGCAAAAGCGUACAUGCUGGACACGCCGGUCACGCCGUACACGCCGGACACGGGCACCAGCACCAGCUGAGCACAGGCACCGCCACCUCGGCAGGAACCAACAUGGAACAUACACACCUCAGCAAAGAGCCAUAUGAACCACCGUGGCCCCUGCCUCCUAAAGAGGUGACAGACAGAGAGAUGCAGGACUUCUCUCAGACUCAGCUAAUGGAUCAGGGACCAAUGCAUAACUCUGGCAUCGAUAUUCCUAAGAGGAAGGACAAAGAGGACUUGACAGAGAGCUCUGAGGAUUCAAUGGGCGGCUCUCCGAACGACAUCCGGAUCUCUGACAUGAGGCCCACCCUGGUGGAGCCACCAAUGUACAAACCAAAGGUGGUGUUGCUGGGGAAGGAUAAGAAAGAGUCUACAGAUGAAGAGGUUGAUAAACUCCACUGUCUGAACCACAGCGGCUCAUCGGCCACCUACUCCGAUUACUCUCCCUCACAGGGCUCCUCGGGCUCCUCCAACCCGCCCGGCAACGCGCACUCACACACGCUGUCGCACGGACACCCCCACAAUCCCGCCCUACCGCCUCCCAGCAAGGACCAGGCCCCUCAGACGCACUGGACCAACAGACUUGCCCAGUCAUUUCCCAAGCCCAUUGACUCCAAGCCCCUGCUGUCUCAGAGAGAAACUCCUCCAUCAGGAACCCUGCAGCAACGUGGGGAUCGGCGUCCACUUAGUGAGCCUUUUGACUGGGUUGACGCACCUCACUACGACAACACGGGUUUCGAUGCAGAGGAGUCUUCUCUGGAUCCUCCUUCAUCUACCACCAGUCAGGGAAACCCUCCGCUGGGCUCUAAGCCUCGCAGCUCAUCAACACACGGCCGCCGCCCCCUCCUUAGGCAAGACCGAAUUGUAGGGGUCCCAUUGGAAUUGGACACCCAGACGCUCCCCUUCCACGGCAACCAACGACCAAACCAGGACAAUGACUCGCAAUCCUCCGGACAUCCUUCCCAGAAUCCCUGGCAGAAUUGGACCAGGACCCCGAGCCCCCUGGAGGACAGAACCGCUUUUCCUUCCAAGCUGGACCUUACACCUACUUCCAGCCCCAAUCCUGAUCGCAAGGACAUGGAUUCAAGGCUUCAGCAAAGCACAGUGCCUUUGCCCGGUAGCUGGACAUAUCACGACAAUGAGGGGGAGCAAAACAGGAAGGAUCAGCUCAGUGUAGGCGGGGUCAACAAGGUGACCGUGGUGAUGAGUAAAAGCUCAGAUCGCCUGUCCCCCAUGAUGAAGGAGACGAGAUCCAAGUUUAAGAAGUCACAGAGCAUAGACGAGAUUGACAUUGGCUCCUACAAGGUCUACAGCAUUCCCAUGGACAGCUAUAGUUCAUCCAUUGAGCAGCAAACUAGUUUGGACCGUCCAGAGCUCCCCGGUUCUAUGGAGCAGACCAACAUGUCACGGUCACAGUCUGCCCCCAUGUUAGAUGAGGAGAUGGGAUACCCCGGACACGGAUCUGGCGACCAAAACCAGAGACAGAACCAAAAACCUGCCAUCCCACAAAAGGCUUACCACUUUGACCACAACUACAACCCGCAGGUUCGAUGGAGUUGUGAACCAUUGGUGACCAUGGAUCGCCGGGUCCCUCCCCCUUUCCCAAACACACCAGAUUAUGUCAACCACUCAUCGAAGGCUUUGGAGUACCUCAACCAACCAGGGAAGACACUACCCAAAGAGCUAGUGAGCCCUCGGUAUCGUGCAUAUCCACCCUUGGAGAUGUUUUCUUUCCCCCAGUCGCCAAUCAACCAAGAUGGUCCGCCCAGCCAGCAGCAGCAGCCAAUCCCAAGUCAGCGCUCCAGACCAGGAUUUCUAAGAAGAGCGGACUCACUGGUGAGCUCUACGGAGCUCGCCUUGUUCAGACGGGUUCAUGAAGCUCAGCAGGAGGCGCUCCAAGAGUCUCAGUACAGACAACAGGUGGAUCCCCCUCUUUAUGGCCGGGCUGUCUACUCCACUCCCAUGGAGCACUCCGCGAUGAGUAAUAUGGCCGACAACCAGAGUCAGAUGCUGCACAACAAGAGAAACGGUCGUUAUGACGACGACUACCCCACUUACCAGGAGCAGAAGAAGCCCAUGAUUGGUUAUCCAACCAAGAGCCUGACUCAGCGGCGUCCCCUGUCUGCCAGAAGUUACAGCACCGAGACCUACGGAGCAUCUCAGGCACGUCCGGUGUCCGCCCGUCCCACCAUGGCCGCCCUGCUAGAGAAGAUGCCACCUGACUACACCCUGGCAACCUGCCCCGAGAAGCCACCCGAUGACACCAUCAAAGUAAGACCUGUUGUACCCCAGAAACCUGAAGACAUCACCUCCAAGAUGCCUGCCGACUGGAGGCAACAGCUACUCAGGCACAUAGAGGCGAAACGACUGGACAGGAGUGGUGUCCUAAAGCACAACACGCUCACGCUGGGCAUGCUCUGUCAGGGCGGGGGUCACGGCCAGGGGCGCAGCAGCACUUUGAACUUUAACCUUUACAAUAACACUAAGCAUGAGCCCUCUGCUGGCCGCUGGCUGCCACUACCUCCACCUCCGUCUGCUAACGCUACCCCGUCUCAGCAGGGUGGCGUGCUGGACAAUGACCAGGAGGGGGUGUCAGGAAGCAACCAGUGGGCUCCCUAUUCACUAGGCAGGAGGGACGUCCCACCUGACAACCUGUUAAAAAAGAGCGCCCAUUCCCAUAACCCUUCCCAUCAAUCACACAACACCAUGAUCGUCACUUCCUCUUCCUCCUCCUCGGCCACUACACCUCAUCGUGUGGUGGGUCAGCAGGGCUACGAUGGGAUGAUGAACAAAGGAGGCCAAUACAACCAAGGGAUGCAGCUGUCAGUGGUUCCGUCUGGGGGGCCGGGACAGUACCAAGGCAACAUGUCCCAGGCCCCUGGACAGGCCUACCCCAGCGGUGGUCUGCCUAUGGCUCUGUCCCAAUCCGGAAACCAACCCCAGUACAACCCCCAUACCUCUCACACCUCCCAUCAGCCCGCUACCAAUCCUCAGUACCAUGUCAACCAGGGCAUGGGCCAUAGCAACCAGGUCGUUAUGACCACCCACACCAACCCACGGCCUCAGAGCGCUCGCUGCCUGUUGCAGACUAAAGGCCAGAAGAGCACGGAUGGUUUUCAGGAGCAGCUGUGCGUGAGAAUAGAGAAGAACCCUGGUCUUGGUUUCAGUAUCUCUGGUGGCAUCAGUGGCCAGGGGAACCCCUUCAAACCCUCCGACAUGGGUAUCUUUGUUACUAGGGUACAGCAUGACGGGCCUGCCGCCUCCGCCCUGCAGCCCGGAGACAAGAUACUGCAGGCUAAUGGACAUAGUUUUUUACACAUGGAGCACGAGACAGCCGUCUCUCUGCUGAAGAGUUUCCCGCGGACGGUGGACUUGAUGGUUCUGAGAGACAGCAGCACGCGCUAAAAUAGUUUUUAAAAACAAACAAAACAAAUACAGCAACGCUUCUCUACUCUGCUCAUCGCCAUCCCACGCCAUCCCACCUGCCCUCCUCUGGAGGUUUAUGGAACUGAAAAUUGAGCCACAUUUUCCCCCCUUUUUUUGUUGUUUUUUUAAAACAUUUUUAAGGGAACAGUCAGACAUUUAUUUGCCUAUUGCUGGACCAAAGGCAAAUACCAGUGCCAAAUGUACCAUAGGAAACAUAUCGGCUCUUCUGUCUACCGGCGGUCAGCGAUCUGAUCUGAUCGACGGCUGGACUAACCGCAAGAGGACUAUACACUUUAAAGUUCCUACAGGGCUGCUGCAGUUUGGAUUUUGUGGUUGGUUUGUGAUUUAAGCUGCCAUCUGAGCGGUCAGUCUGAGUAGUUUUUGUCGGUUAGUUAGAUUUUGGGAUAUUUUUCUUUCUUUUCUCCACUGCCGUCCAUUGUGAAUUUAAAGUAUUUUGUUUGGUGUAGCACAUGGUUCGCUUUCCUUGUUCUUCACAGCUUUAUUGUUUCUUUCGCAUCUUCCGUCUUUUACCCCACUUUUCAGUCCUUUUUCUAUCACCGUCUUUGAUUUUCAUACUCCUCCGAUAUAUUUUUUGUUCUGUUCUGCAGGUUAUUGCCUCCACUGUACAGAAAUUGAAACUUAAGACUCUGCCUUGUGUACAUACAUAGAGAUUCAGCUUGUUAGAACUCUCCUUGGGGCCUGAGCAGACAGCUCUUAAAAGUUUAUGAUUCUUAUGAUUAUUGUUGAUAAACUAUAUUCUCAAUUCCCUCCUGUGGAAAUACAGGGGUCGUUUCUUCAAAUGGUUUUCUAAAGAGUAUAUCACCGUUUUAUCUGUAUAGAAAACACUUUUCAUAGUUCAUCACUGCUACUUGUUUUUUUUUCUUUUCUCUUAAAAAAAGCUGUUGCUUGCACAGCUGUGCUGAAAGGAGCUAAAGCAAUAUUUCUGAGGCUCGGCCCAUUGAGCUUUUCAGCAGAGCCUUACUUGUCCUGCAGUGCCAUCUAUUGAGCAAGUCAUGCUAAUGUUUACACACACUGCCAUGCACAUAAACUAACAGGCAAAUACACACAUUAAAUUACACAUAUCUAUUCUCUGCAAUGUUGCAUAAUGCAUCCCUCAUUUUAGAAUAUCAUUUCCAUUAUAAAACUGGUCCAUUAAUAUUAACGGUGCCAUCUUUUUAAAGUCCUGUCUUAUGUUGUGCAGUGAUGUCACAUCCCUUUUUAAGGUGUUUAUAAAGUCACAGCAUGCUUUUACAUCACUGGACACUGACAGAUAGCCAUUUUCUGUUGGCUUCUGGACGUCUCUACUCUCUAGAAGACUCUAGACGUAUUAAAGCACUAAGUGCUGCUUGUUGAUCUGUGCCAUAUGCAGCCUCCUCGGCUGUAUUUACAACAAUAUCAGAGCUUUACCUCUUUGUGGCCCAGCACACACUAAAAUCAAAUACGUGGCUUCAAUGAGCCGGUAAGCUGUUCUAUAGUCGUUGACCCGGCUUCAGCAUCUCCUCUGCUGAAGUCUCCUGACCUUCGGCCUUCCUGUGGAAAGCAGUGUGAGACACUAAUGCUCCUACAAGCAUCUGCAAGGUUUCAUUUUAGGAGGAUAAAUCAGAUAUCGUCUCUUUUUUUGACAAUCGGGGAAACAUCUGAUUUGUGUCACAUGUGCUUUCGGUUACACAUGAAUUGUAAAAGGUGGUGCUGAUUGAUACUCGGCAUACACGGAAGGCUUGCUGAAUUUGCUGGUAAAUGCUCAAACUAUUUAAAAGAGCAGGGAAAAUGAAAGUUACGGUGGACCUGAUGGGUCAACAGUACUGCAAUUUAAGAAAACAUCUGCAAACAGAAAAAUGCUACAAAAGGUCACAAAAGAAAAAACCUUGGAAAAACACAAUGGAAGUGUAUUAGGGGAGAUAAUAAUGUGACAGAACCAAAACAUGCGAAGGGUUGCACCGACACACGCUUAAACGAAGUGGAGGAUUCUUGUGAGGGGAAAACAAAUGCAAGGUACUGUGUGUUUAAAUCGCAUAAUAACAUAAAUAUAUGUUUGCUAUUAGCCGAUCACUGUUAGCUUCUCACGUCGGCAGCUGUUCCGUCAUGCUAUUGUGUCCCCAAAACACUUCCGUUGUGUUUUGUGAGGGUUUUUUUGUUUUUUUGUUUGAUUUUUAGCUUUUGCAGCCUAAUUCCAUUUGCCAAAGUUUCCUAAAAUUGCAGUACAUUUGACCUCUCAGGGCCACCGUAGCAAUAGACUCUAUGUAAAAAAGCAAAAAGAGGGAAAAAAAACAAAACACCAAAACAGAGAUUGAAAGCCUUUGCUCUGUAGUCUGACUUUUAUAGUCACGCUUGAGAAGAUAUACUGACUAAAAUACAGAGUCUCUUUUUGUCUUUAUGUAAAUGCACCAUGGGUCUUGAAGGCAUUUCAUGGCAGUGAGUUUUGUUCUGUUCUGCAUAACAUCUGAUGUUUCAUCCGGAGCGAACCAUCCUUCACUGUCCUUUUGAUUUCACUUGACAGGUACCCUUUUUGUGCCAACUCUCCAAAUACGAUUUCCAUCACUUUGUCAAUAGGAGACACAACACGGCACAGUUUAAUCAUGUGGUUAGGAGAUUUAACCACAGGUACCUACCCCGACCCUAUUCAGAGUUUGAAAUAUCAAAGAUAUUGUGAUGAGAACAGAGUAAAAGGUUUGAUAAUAUAAUUAUUUUUUACUACAUGUUUCAGGUAAUUCUUUCUAAAUAUAUUGAUAUACCUUAGCUUUGCUCAAAAAUUGUGAUAUUUUAUAAUGACACUUAUAACAAAGUUAUGGAUGGAAGUACGCACAGUAUGACUUGGAGACCUACACAUGUACUAUCCAAAACUGUAUAAAAUGUAUUUCUACUGUAAUUGUGAAUUUGUGUUAUACAAAUAUAUAUUAUAUAUAUGUAUAUGACUAUUUAAAAAAAAUUCAGUCAUUUUCUAUGUGUUUAAACUGCUAAAAGAGCUGAACAAAUGAGGGCGGUGUCACUGUACAUAGCUGUGAAUGAAAUCCAAUUUAAAAAUGACUCAUAUUGAUUGUGAAUGUACUCAUGCUUUCUGCAGUACCUACACCUACCCAACUUGAAUGCUGCUUCUUCUGUUGUGUGACAAAAAGUACUUUGACCUCCGAAGAGAGAAACGCUGUCGAGUUUAUAAGUUGGACAAAUUUUAGUGACGAUUUAACAGAAACUAUUUAUUUCUUUAUUUAUUUGCACAUGCAAGUUGAAAUCCUUCCAGUUUUAAGUUUGAGUAUUAAUGCGGAGAAAUGUAAUUGCCGAAGUAUAUAUAAUAUAUAUCAUGUGUUUAGAAUGCAUUUUGCAGACGCUAUCUGUACAUACUAUUUAAGAUACAGUUUUUACAAAAAAUAAUAUAUGUAUAAAAUUGAAAAAAUGCUGUGCAGCGAUUAUACUGGAGCCAUUUUGGGCUUUGGGACGUACCAUUUUUUCAGUAUAUAAGAAGUGUUUUGAAUAAUGUACUAAAGUCUCUAUUGUACAAAUAAUAAAAAUGUCACUAUUGGUAA